AUGGUGAAAGCUGGAAAAUGGCUGAGAAAUUUCUUGAGUGGAAAGAAGGAGAAGAAUCAAAUAAGAUUAAUGGAGAGAACAAUCGGGCUCAGGCUUCCGGUGCCGCCGCCAACUCAGCCGCCUCCGCCGCCCCCGCCACCGCCACCGCCGACGACUCCAAACACGGGAAACUUUCAGCUCGAAAGAGUAUUGAAACAGAGUCCAUCAUCAUUGUUCUUCAGGCCUGAAAUGAGCAGAGUAGUUGCAGAGAAACCGAGUUUCAGAAUUAUUCAGCAUGUUGCAGCAAUCACAAUCCAAGCUUGUUUCAGAUCUUUCUUGGCUAGAAAGGCAUUGAGGGCAUUGAAGGGGUUGGUAAAACUGCAAGCAUUGGUGAGGGGGUUUCUGGUGAGGAAAGAAGCAGCAGCUACUAUCAGAAGCAUGCAGGCCUUAUUAACAGUUCAGGUACGAGCACGAGCUCAGAGAGUUAGAAUGAUUGAAGAAGUUCAUAAUUCCAUGCAGCGGAAGGAAAAUUGUCAGAGGAGAAGGACCGAUGAUUCUAAAUUCCAACAAUUACAUGACAUGGAGAGAGAUAUGAACAACAAUAUUAUAGAGAUGAACAUGACACAAUCAAAAGCCAACUUGAAGAACAAGAAGAGGAACACAACGACACGAAUAGAAGCCAAAGAUCAAAGACACUUCAACUAUUACAAACCCUCUCCAACUGCUUCAAUUACAGCGGAACUUUGCCGGGAAACUCGCGAUGAAAACGACAUCUUUCUCACAGCUUUGAGAACACGAAGAAUCAGCACUUCAGCAGCCAGCUCCAGUCGAGAAGAUGGAUCGUGUUCAGCCCCUCAGGACUCUUUAUUCUUCCCUAAUUACAUGGCCAAAACAAAGUCAUGGAAGUCUAAGGCGAGAUCGCAAAGCACGCCGAGACAUCGAAAUGAUUUGUCUGAUUCAAAUUUGUCUGAAAAGCAUAGAAUGUCUGUUGAUGGAAGGAACAAUAUCAGUAGGGGUGUUGUCCUGAAGAGUUUGAAAGUUUAA